UAAUUAGAUAGUUUUCCUUACAGAAAAUCUAUAGAUAGGAGCAAAAUUUAAGGAGACACUUAAUUAAAUGUAAAAAAGGACAAAUAUAAAUAUCCUAUUAUCUCAUCACAUCAGGAGGAUAACACUCAAUCAGAAUAAUUAAAUAUUUUAGAUAGGGAUAAUUUUUUAAUUUAUAAGAUGAGGAACCAGGUAUCAUUUUAAAAACUAUUCAAAAAGUUAAACCUCUAUGAAUGAAUAACAAAAAUAGAAUUAACGAUAGGAUGCUGAGUAGAUUCUGAUUGAGAGCCUCAAUAAAUUGAUUUUAUUCAGCUAUUUAACUAAUUUGGUAAAUUGGUGUAAUUUUUUUCAGCUUUUGAAGGGAAGAGACCUCCCAAUAAUUAAUUAGAGAACUUAAUAUUUAAUUAAAUAAGAAGAAUUUUAAAGGAAUAAGGUUGAGUGGGUCAACCAUCUAACUUUAGGAAAAUUAGAUUUGACAAAAAUGUGAAGAAGAAUUAUUAAGAGGUUCACUAUAGGUAGGUAUGUUUGUAUAUCUUAGUCUUAUAAAAUUGAUUAGUUAUUUUGAUAUUUAAUAAUUUUUACAAUAGCAAACCCAAGG